AUGCAACUAUCGCUUAUUGUGUGUUUUAUAGCGAUCGUAGGAUUCGCUUCAAUCCAUGCGCAACAGGGAGGAUGCGUCAAAAAAGUCUGUCCAGCGAAAGAGCGUUAUCAAUGCUGCGGUUCGUGCGUUCAGCGUACAUGUGCCCUGGAGGAUGAAACCACGUGUCCUGAUGUGUGCGUCCAAGGUUGCUACUGCAAGAAAGGCUUUGUGAGGAAAUACUCACCGGAUGGUCCAUGCAUACGGCUGAACAAGUGUCCCCGAACUAUUCCAACGCAGCCCCCGAGCAAGAAAUAG